ACCGCCAAGCCUUCUGCCGUCAUCCCUUUUCUGAUUGGCUCCAGUCCUCGGUGUCCCGCCCAGCUCUUGCACCUGAUUGGAUUACACUACACGUACACUCAACGUGUGUGUCCGGUGAAGUCGGUGUUCACUGUCUUGGGAUGGCUGUUCGUUAUCGGUCUAAAUAGGACGACACGCAGGGAAGAUGUACAAGUAUAAAGUGUUUACACUGAUGUGUGUGUGGCUCGGUUUCCCAGCGAGGGGGUUAGGUAAGACUGUGACAGGACUUUUCAAGAGCGAAGUGGCCCGGGAGCAGAACGGACAGUUCAUCACUCUGUUCAUGUACCAAGGAGACCACGGUCUGCUGGUGAACCGGCUCCAUAACGUCCCCCUGGCCGUUGAGAAGGAGGCCCGUCUCCUCCUCUACACCAACAUGGCCGCCUCCAGCCUGGAGAACCUCAGCUGCCCCGCCAGACUCAUCAAGGCCAAAGUCAUCAUCCAUCUGACGGAUGAGGAACACAACCAGACCCUCCCCUCCCAGCCUGCCCCCAGUAUGUGGCAGGCGCUCUACGUCGACCGCUACACCUGCGGGGAGGGAGGGCCCAUUCCUUCCCAUGGGGACGUGGGCUUCACCCUGGUGCUGUUGAACCCCGACUCCGCGGGGAACCCCCGCGAUCAUUUCAGCGUGGAGGAGGCAGGGCUCCACAGCUUCUACUGCCUGCUGCUGCUGGCCUACUUCGUGGCGGGCUGCGUGUACGUCCAGCCCCUCCUCCAGGCCCUGAGGAAGGGGGGGCCCAUGCACACGGCCCUGCAGGUGCUCUCUACAGCACUGGCCCUCCAGGGAGGCUCCGCCCUCUGCAACUACCUCCACCUGGCCAGGUACUCUAGAGACGGAGUCGGUAUUCCUCUCAUGGGCAGCCUGGCAGAAUGGCUGGACAUGGUGUCCCAGGUGUCCAUGCUCUACAUGCUGCUCAGCCUCUGUAUGGGCUGGACGCUGAGCCGCGGUAGGAAGCCCCAGUCCAGACCCCUGCAGUGGGACUCCUCCCCCACCUCCACCAGCCUGGCCCUGGGCGGGGUCCUCGUACUGGGGGGGCUGUUGCUAUGGGAGCAGUACACGGAAACGGAGCACCACAGCUUCCACGCCCAGAGCAGCGUUGCCGGGGGGCUGCUGAUGGUGCUCCGGGUCGCCAUGGCGAUCAUCCUGGCCUCGGUCCUCUACCAGAUCAUCUCCUCGGAGCGGAGCGCGCUGAAGAGGGACUUCUACCUCGGCUUCUCCAAGGGCUGUUUCCUGUGGUUCCUCUGCCACCCGGUGCUGGUCGUGACCUCGGUGGUCUUUAACCACCACCAGAGGGAGAAGGUGGUGACCAUAGGGGUGGUCUUGUGCCAGGCCAUCGCCGUGGUGAUCCUCUACCAGCUCUUCCUGUCCCGCUCGCUCUACUGGGAGGUGUCCUCGCUCUCCUCCGUCUCUCUCCCCCUAACCAUGUCCCGGGGGGGCGGGGCCUCGAGCGGCCGCCGCUGAGUAGGCCACGCCCCCCUCAACAUGUCCCGGGGGGGCGGGGCCUCGAGCGGCUGCCGCUGAGCAGGCCACGCCCCCCUCAACAUGUUCCAGGGGCGGGGCCUCGAGGGGCCGCCACUGAGCAGGCCACGCCUCCCUCAACAUGUCCUGGGGGGCGGGGCCUCGAGGGGCCGCCACUGAGUGGGCCACACCCCCCUCAACAUGUCCUGGGGGGCGGGGCCUCAAGGGGCCGCCAUUGAGGAGGCCAUGCCCCCCCACCCUGCCCGGGGGGGAGGAUGGGGGGGGGCCUGACCCUCGCCUGCAGAGGUUGUUCAGAAGGGGUUUAAGUCCUGCAGGUGAGGAGAGGGAGGACCGUCUGUUAUCUCCCUCUCUCUCUCUCCCCCGUGAAACAGUCCCCCCCCCAUUCAUACUGAUGAGAGGACAGCGGCAAACUCGAUCAGGAAGGAUGUUUUAUAAUAUUUAGGGAUUGGCUUUUAGCUUCAGCUAGUGUGUUCACCAAGACUGAAUAUUCUGUGAGGUGGAGAAAAUCAGCCAAUCAGGAGGAUCUGCAACCACUGUCUACUCUGUGUUCUCAUGAUAAAAGUCUUGUCAAAGUUUUAUGCCUUCACUUUAAAAGUUGUGUCAAAGCUUCAAGUUAUCACAACGAAGGUUCUCUAUGAACUCAUUUUUUUCACUAUAAAAGUACUAUCAACUCUUGUUUUCACUAUAAAAGUCCUGUCAAAGCUUCAUGUUUUCUCUAUAGAAGUCGUCUGUCAUCUUUGUUUUCACUAUAAACGUCCUCUGUCAACUCCUCAUGUUUUCACUAUAAAAGUCCUCUGUCAACUUUCUUUUCACUAUAAAAGUCCUCGUUCAACUCAUGUUUUCACUAUGAAAGUUCUGUCAACUCAUUUUUUCAAGAUAAAAGUCCUCUGUCAACUCUUUUUUUCACUAUAGAAGUCCUGUCAACUCUGUUUUCACAAUAAAAGUCCUGUCACCUUCA